UCUUCACAGUCGGACACGCUUCUGAGGAGGUUACAGCUCCGCCAGCGCGACUCUCUGCUUCAGCUUUAAUCGUUUGUUCCGAGCUGUUUUGUGUGUGUGGGUUUUUUUUUUUUUCUUCGUCCGUGCUUCGUGGAUAAAUAACGUAAAAAUGAUUUCACCGAGGAAUGGCGCGCACACCUGAGGAGUUUCGUGGAGCCAAAAGGCGACAAAACAACGGAAAAAGUAGCAGCAGCUCGUGAGCUACAGGGUCAGGAGCAUGACUGAGCAGCAGGAGCAGAGCGAAGAAACAGGCCUGCUCUCAACUCAGGACCUGGACCCCUCCAAGGACGACGACACACACGGCCACUUCAGGUUUCAGCUGAUUGAAGACCUGUCCUAUGAAGAUGUGAAGAAAUGUUACAGGGGCUCGUGUGUGUCUUGCAGCGGGUUGCUCCAGGCCCUGGAUGUGCGCGAGUGUGUGUGUGUGUACGGUGCCAACGUGCUGAGCCUGGUGCAGAGCUCGCGUCCUUUGAGGGAGAGGGUGGUGUCUGCGGCGAGCGGAGCCAGAGUGGCCGGUGGUGGCGGAGUGGCCGGUGGUGCCGGUGGUGCUAGUGCUGUGCAGGCAGGCCGGUCCGCCAAGGAGCUGCUCAUGACUCUGCCCUGUCCCUCUGCACAGACUGUCAGCAAGUACAACUCGCAGUACCACAAACUGUUCCAGGGCGUGCCCAAGGAUGAGAUACUCAUGAAAGUGUACUCCUGUGCUCUUCUCAGAGACAUCCUUCUACAAGGCCGGCUCUACAUUUCCAGAAACUGGUUGUGUUUCUAUGCCAACCUCUUUGGCAAAGACAUCAAGGUGGCUAUCCCCGUCGCUUCCGUGAGGCUGGUGAAAAAGCACAAAACAGCGGGCCUUGUGCCCAAUGGCUUGGCUAUCACCACAGACACCGGCCAGAAGUAUGUCUUUGUGUCUUUGCUAUCAAGAGACAGUGUAUAUGACGUCCUUCGCAGGAUCUGCACACACCUACAGGUCAAUGGAAAGAGCCUGAGCUUGAAGCAGUUCAUGGAGGAGCCGACCUUAUCGUUGGAUGAGUUCCCAGCUCCAGACGAAUUCCCAGUGGUUGAUGAAUUCCCAUCAGUGUUAAAGUGGAGAAGGAAACCCUCAGUGGUGUCUGUGUCCUCCUCCCUGCCUGACCUCCUGGGGAACUCCACCAGCAGCCUGAGCGCCACAGACACACCCUUCAAAUCAGAGCAGCUGCUGGAAGAGCGAGCCCUGCAGACAGACAGAGGUUUUUUAUCAGAGCCAGUGGCAGAGCUGGGCCAGAUGGAGUACCAGCUGCUCAAGUUCUUCACCCUGCUUAUUAUUCUCCUCAUCCUGUCAUCGUGCUACUUGGCCUUUCGCGUGUGCAGUCUGGAGCAACAACUGUCCUUCCUCAGUAACCCGACUCUGCCCCUGAGAGAGAGGUAACCACUGCUCUCAGCUGUGACCUAUCGGAUUGCCUGCUCUUUUACUCUUCUCAUACUUGGAGUUGUUGAUGCCCUCCUGCACAGAUCCAGGAACAGCUUAAAGCCCAGAACAGAUCAACUCUACACCAGCUGCAACACACGAAGGAGCAGCAUCAACCCAACUCCGGGAAAUCGUACGGACCAUCCUACCACGGAAUGAGUUCCUGUUCACUGAUCACUUCCAGACUAUGCAAACAGACUGUCUAUUUAUUUUUGAAUAUAAAGUAGGUUUUACUUUAGAUAAUGAUUGUUUACCAUGGCCUGUCCCUCUCACAGACAUUUCAUCUUUAACUACGUGAUGCUGCAGUGUAAAGACAUCCUGAAAUAGUGAGCAGAUAACAGUUGAACCUGCUGUUUGUAGCACUGAUGAAGUUUAGAAGCGAUGAGAGAGACUAGAGGUGAGGCUGGUGUUGGACGAUGGAAAGGUAAGCGAUAAUUCAACACAUUAAUUACUUGAAAAGACUGAUAGCAAAAGACAUUUCAGGUGAGUCGUGGUGUUAGCAGUCAUGACUCAUCAAUUAAUAUUCUCGUCAACAUAUUCUGACUCUCAACAAGUGGACUGAACCAAAUGUUUUUCUUCCUGGUGAGAUCUUGCCAUAGCUUUCAGUAGGACGGCUAAAACUAGCUGUGACAAUGCACUUUUUUAAAUAUGUCUCACAUUAUUUCAAAUGUUUGUAACUGUUUUAAGAGUUUAGAUCUAUUUUUUUUCUUGUUAAUAGGUACUCAGUUGUCAUUUUUGAAAGUAUUUAUGGAAGGAAGUCAUGUUUUGACUACAGACUCUUGACUGAUUGAAGCUACCUGUCAUUAAACUGUAAUAUACUGGAGCAAUAACACCACUCAUGGGUGUUAACUAUAAUGUGAAUGAGAUUAUUAGAUGACAUGCAUACUUUUAGUUUUUAGUUGUACUAAUCUGCUGUCUGAAAGGAAAGCCCAGGGUAUUUUCUUUCUUUUAUACAUUUCAAAUGAAGUCACCAAAGACUCAAAAAUGAAGUGUCGAGGUUCUGAGUGUUCAUGAUGUACUAUGGUUGCUGGAAGAUAUUUUACUAAUUUUGCAAAGAUGGGCGAAAUGUAGUCAUAGACUAGUGUGAUCCCUAUGAAUUAAAUUGGCAACAAAAUAUAGGCAAACAAAAAAAAAUGUUUGUGGCUUUUAAUUUCUUUAUGGGUCCUUUUGGUUUCUAAGGUUUUACUGUCCAAAGUUCUGUCCUAUCAUAUUGGCAUUACAUACAGGACCACCGUGAAAAGGAAUGAGUCCCAGCAGCACAUCAAAUUUUAGUAACCUGCACAACUCGGGAUAAAUUAUGAAACUGGAACAUAAUGUUGGCAGACGCACAGAGUGCUCAACAACUUACACAUGGAGCGUUGGCUGUACACCAGUGGCAUUGGCUUUAUGUCAGAUGUCUCAGUUUAAACUUAUAAACCUGUCACAGUUUUCAUAGGUUAAAAAUGUUUGUUUUCCACCAACCUUGACUUUAGCCAAUGAAUACAUGGAUACAAAUACAUGUUUGAUGUUAUCUGAUGGGGCCUGAAAAGGCACCAUAAACUCAAGAAACUGGAGAAAGUAUUUGAGUAAGACU